GUUUAUAGUACACUGGCCCUUUAAGAGAGCUGCGUGUUUCCGAUUGGCACAAUGACGUCACAGCAGUGCGGGACUCCAACCUAUCGUCUUUGAACACUGUAGGCAAUGGUCCUGGUUUAGAGUCCUGCUUCACGAGGAGCACUUUUACGCUGUUCGAAGGUAGGAAAAACCUCGUUCCUGAAAUGAAACAGACCCCACAGGCUCUCGCCGUGGAUUAAACCCGAAACUUUUCCGAUGGAGCUGGGAAAGUAGCGCAGGAAGCGGCACGCUAACCACCAUCGCCAGCGGACCUUGUACUGCAAAGCAACUCCUCGUAGAUGUACGGUCCUUGCUGAAAAAAUAUGCUCCAGCCGAGCCACCUCAGCCCCGGCUUCAGUGGCGAAUUCCCCGUGUUUUAAGCAGCUUUCCCGAGACAUUGGCCCGCGAUCGCUGCUUUAUUUCUUUCCUGUGAAGUUCGCCAUCCAGUCCUCGACACACCUGCGAGAGAGAAUCAUGGCUGGAAAGCUGACAACAGCGCAAGGAACGGGAAUACUGCUGGUGACAGCCAACGUUGGAUCCUUGUUCGAGGAUCCUGAAAAUCUCCAGAAAACGUGGCUGAGGGAGUUUUACCAGACAGUUCAGUUACACAAGCCUCAUUUCUUAGCUGUGCACUGUCAAGAAGUAGGUGGGAAGAAUUAUGAGGCUUCCAUGUCACACGUGGAUAGCUUUGUCAAAGAGCUAUUGUCCAGUGAUGCCAUGAAGGAGUACAGCAGAGCUCGCGUCUACCUCGAUGAAAACUACAAGUCCCCGGAACAUUUUACAGCUCUUGGAAGUUUCUACUUCAUUCACGAGUCUUUGAAAAACAUCCAGCAGUUUGAUUUCAAAGCCAAGAAAUUCAGGAAGGCGGUUGGGAAGGAAACCUGCUCCGAAACACUAGAAAGUACACCCUCGCUGGAGAAGGAGAAGUUCCCACAAGACUACUUUCCUGAGUGCAAGUGGUCCAGAAAGGGUUUCAUCAGAACGCGAUGGGCCUUACCUGACUGUUGUUUUGACCUGGUAAACAUCCACCUUUUCCAUGAUGCUUCCAAUCUGGUGGCCUGGGAGAAGAGCCCUUCAGUCUACUCUAGAACCAGGCAGAAGGCGCUGGGCUACGUUUUGGACAGGAUCACGGACCAGCGGUUUGAAAAUGUGCCAUAUUUCGUCUUCGGGGAUUUUAACUUCAGGUUGGACUCAAAACAGGUUAUUGAGAGGCUGUGUUCAUCCGCUACGAUGCAGACAGAAAGAACUACGGACACCAAUGAAAUCAAGAAGCUAAUAUUUAGAGAAAGUGAUAAUGACAGAAAGGUCAUCCUUCAGCUUGAAAAGAAGCUUUUUAGUUAUGUCAACCAAGACGUUUUCCGGGAAAACAACGGGACCUCGCUUUUAGAGUACGACAAAGAACUGUCAGUGUUCAAGGACCAACUGCAUGAAUUGGAAAUAUCUUUCCCACCCAGUUACCCAUACAGUGAAGACAGCAAUCAGGGGAAGCAGUACAUGAACACCAGAUGCCCUGCCUGGUGUGACCGAAUCCUCAUGUCCUCAUCAGCCAGAGACCUGGUCUUAAAGCCAGAAAAUGAGGAAAAGUCAAUAACCUAUGAUAACAUCGGGGCCAAUGUCUGCAUGGGAGACCACAAGCCUGUCUUCCUGUCCUUCCGAAUAACAGCGGGGGCAGGUAAACGUAAUGCAAAUAAGCACAAGUGUUGUGUGGUGCAGUGAUGUCGUGGAAAUUGUUGCCAAAGGGGGGAGAAUAUACUCUGUGAAGCGCCUAUGUGAGAACACAAGGAGAGGCAUACACACACACACGUGCAAACACACCCACGCACAUACACUUUGCACAAGCAUCCACUGAAGAAGAACCUAAACAAACUUUUCCAGCAGUGCUGACCAGCCGUCCUCGCAGCCCAUUCAGUUACAAGCACGUCAUUUUUCCUCUCCAUAAAACACUUGUUGAAAACGUGGACCAGCACCCGCGGGUGCGAGGGCUGGUCUCCAGACGAGACACACAUCGCUGACCUCGCCGUUGCCACGCAACCACCCUCCCUCCGGCGCCCCCACAGAGAGAGGAAAAGAAGAGGAUGGACUGAUGGGACGGGCCUAAUUGUUGCCAAAACUCUAAUGAAAAAAUCAGUCGUGCUCCACAUAAUUGCCAUUUUGGGGGCUGCCUUUAUGUCUACACAUUAUGUAAGAUGUUUUAAAGAAACAAGUGCAAUGCAAAAGACGUAUAUCUCUAUAUAGAUAGUUUAAUUUGUAUGUUGGGCAGUAUGAAAAUAAGGCUUGUUUCUAGUUUUAGCUGUUUCACUUUAUUUUAGCAUUCAUAUAUAAAAAAAAAAGUAUACAGUAUGUGUGUAUAUAUAUAUAUAUAUAUAUAUAUAUAUAGCAUGUUUUUCUUUCCCUCCAUACAUGGACACAUCAUUUGGAUCUUGUUUUAUAUUCUAUAUGUUUUAAAGAGAGAUAAUUUAUAAUUCUUGUGUUUGGGAGAUGCUUGUUGCCAAGAUGACCUUUGAAUAAUGGCGAGAAAGUGUCCAGCCAUUGAUUUAUUCCUAUCCAAGAAUGUUUUAAAGCAGUGCCAUAGACCAUACAAGUGCAUAAGAUGUCAUAUAUAGCACACUCACGUUAUUGCAUUAUCAUUCUUACUCUAAUUUAUUUCUACUUAAUAAUAAUAUGGUUUUGAAUGUAAUAAUAUAGGUAGAUGUGAGUAUCUUUUUUGUCAAUUUUGUUACUGCUGUUAUGGUGCCAAGUACACACGGAUUAAGAGUGAAAGUGGUCGGCAUAUGUUUAAAGAAGGAAAAAAAGGUAACUCUAAAGGCAAGAAAAGACCAAGUAAAUAAAUUUUAUUUACGUUCCUAGUAGCCUGCAACAGCCUUCAGUGGAACCAAAAAAAAAAAGUGUACUGGGAACGGCUGUAUUGUUUUUAUCAUUUGAAUUUAUUCCACUACACGUGUUAAGAUUGCUCUUCUGUGAUGUUUGUUUUCAUUGAAAUCACUGCAAGUGAAAAUAAUGUUGCGCCUGCUGGAGAAUUUUUCUAUGUGAUUUGGAUUGUUAGGCAAACCGGUAAGAAGAAAAAAAAAAGCAAAUCAAACUCCUGCUUGUAUUUCUUGGGAGUUGACUGUAUAGGAAUAGAAGCUGCGGUUUUCCUUCACUCCAUUUUACAGUAUAAAAGCAAAUAAGAGAUUUUAUUCAAGCCCCUGUGGCCUCUUGGCCAACAGGUGAUGCACUUGUCAAGCAAUAAACAACAUUAGAACUCACCCAUGCCUCGUUGUCCUCUUUAACCUGUCAAAAUUGAUUGUUCAAAUAAUUGUUUAUUCCUGGCUACAGAAGUAUUUUUAAUUUAUUCAAAGUUGUUUAAUAUUUCAAGAAGUGUACACUGUUGCAGACUAUUAAUAUAAUG